AUGAUCUCUGCCACCACCAUCGUCAAUGAACCCAUCACCAUCGCCAUUGCCUCCCACAACACUGCCCACCAUCUACUCCUCAUCCACCCCUCUUCUCCCUGUCUGCUUGCCUCUUCGCCUGCCAGUCACCGCCGCUUCCUUUACUGUGGCCGCCGCCGCCGUGUGGACAGCGACCCUCACCAUCCCUUGCUCUUUGCCCAGGAUAUGUUUCCCUCGAACCUCUGCGCGGUGGCACCACUGCUUUUUCCAUUCCCCUUGCAACCACCACCCCCGUCGUCUACACCUCCAGCAACGCGCUUCUGCCACAACACCUCUAAUCCUCUCGUUUAG